AUGGACACCAAAGGAGUUACGAAUGCGUUGCCGGCCGUUUGGGAGGGAGGGUUUCGGAUAUUUAAGGAUUGGGAAGGGGUGGGGGAUUGGGCCUCCAGUAACUUCACUCACACAGCGAAACACAACGCCGUGGUUGUUGCACGCCGGUUCUCUGUGAGGCCUAUCACUCCACACAGACCCAUUCGUGCUAAAGCUUGGCUACCCACACUUGGCCUACUGACAGUAAGCUGCGCGACGUGCGUCGCCGCGUCCGCGCACGCUGCUCAUGAGGAACAACCCCUCUGUGGUUCGAAACUAGUACAGUACAGAGCGUUUCUCGAGUUCACACGAGUUCCCCUCCCACCUUCAGACCACCAGCCCUUCAUAAUCGGUGGAGAAGAUGCACCAGAAGGUUCAGCUCCGUACACGGUGGCCCUGAUCUUUGGAGAAAGAGUCAUGUUCCAGUUGUGUGGGGCAUCACUCAUCAGCAGGCGGCUUAUGUUGACUGCAGCCCAUUGUAUUGAGUCUUUCAUAGCUGAUGAUGGUGGAUUGUUGAAAACCUUACACUCCCGAGUGGGUUCCAAUCAGUGGAACUCAGGAGGCACCAUGGUUUAUCUGAAGGGCUACCACAUGCAUCCACAAUGGGACUCGAUAAACAUCAAGUAUGAUACUGCAGUAUUGGUGACAAGGGAGCCAGUACAUCUGACAGAUCGAGUGACCCUCAUCAGCCUGUCUUACGAAUUUAUUGAAGGGAAUGAAAGGUCUUUUGUUGCUGGUUGGGGCCGGACUGGACCAAGAUUUGAAGAAAAUGUUAUACACCUGCAACCGACACCUGAUGACAAGCAAGUUCUCUACAUGAACACGUUGGAUUACGACCAGUGCCAGGAACAAAUGAAGAUAGCAUCAAACAACAAUGCCCCACCCAUACAGCGUGAUAUUGAAUUAUGCACCUUCCACUCUCGAGGACAUGGAAUGUGCUUUGGAGACUCCGGUAGUGCACUCGUCAGAUUAAGUACUAUGCAGCAGAUUGGCAUCGUAUCCUGGGGUUACAACUGCGCCGUUGGUGCACCUGACGUCCACGUCAGGAUUUAUGGCAUUAAGGACUUUUUAGAGUCUACCAUGGCACUCUAUGAGGACUGA